AAAUUCAUUCAAUCAUGAAACAUAUCAUGAUGGAGAUACGAAACUAACCCUGUCGACACCUCUUUGACCAUUAUCAGUCCAAGCUCCAUAGCUUUGAAAUACACGUGACCAACGGACCGAAGCUUUUGGGUCAUCGCGAACCCAAUUGGACCCCAGCCAGAACAAAAAAGCACGUUUGCCCACAACCGUUGAAUGAGUGAACAAGAAAAGCUGGAGAAACGCAGGCAACGACGGCAGCAAAAGAUCAUGGCUGCUGCCGGUGAUCGUCUUAGUCGGAUAACUGGUACAGCAUAUCCUGAUCGAUUGACUCCUUCACCAGUUCCAUCUCCUUCGAACUCGACUACCUCCAUUAAGAGUGUACAAAAUAUAGAAAACCAAAGGGUUCGAGCUAGCUCACCGCUGGAAACGUCAUCGUCCACCCCCACCAGCCGCAACUCACCGGAUCCAAAUGUAUUACAGCUUCCUCGCCGUGGAAGUCACCUUGACCCUGAUGAUAGCCUGGGAGCCCCUCCAUCCUCCGCAUCUAGCAGUCAGUUGGCAGAACAUUUUCCUGGAGAAGACGAAGCCAAUGCACGCAUAUAUCAGGAUCAAAUGGCGGCAAUACAGCGUAUGAUGGGUAUGGGUGGACCUGGCUCAUCUCCGUUUGGUGACAUACCUGGUGCACCAGGCAUGUUUGCUGCAUCUUCAUCGCAACAGGAUCCCAUGUCCUCGUUCCCCUUCAAUCCUGCGAUGAUGGCGGGUAUGCAGCCGGUUCAAACAACGCCUGAUACGACUGCCAAGUAUUGGACACUGGCUCAUUUUGUCACCAUGGCAAUGCUGGGCAUUUAUGCUGUCAUCACCGAGUUCAAGACAAAUGGGCGCUCUCAUUUUGCAAAUCUUAUUCUCAGCAAGGAGCCUGACAGUCCAUUCUCCUCUAGUUUGGCGUUUGUAAGUACCAGCCCGAGAAAUUGGUCACAACGGCAAAAGCAACUUUUGUAUGCUAACCACUCGCCUCUGUCUGCACAGCCCUUGUUCUGGUAUUUUGUAACGCUAGAGUUGAUAUUACAAUCUUCCAGACUAUUUUACCAAAAUGGUCAGCCACCGUCGUCUUCCAUGCUCGGUACCAUAGCCGGAUUUCUUCCCCCACCAUUUUCCACUGGCAUCCUGCUGUUCUUGCGAUACAGUUUGAUAUGGAAAUGCCUCGUCAAUGACUGUUGUUUGCUCGUGUUUAUCAUAGGCAUGGCUCAGCUCGCAUCUGCCGUUUUGGGCUGAAGAAUUAACCUGGUCUCCACCACCACAACAAAAAACAAAUGUAGAAAAUGAAUUUGAAAUCAUAAUAAUAAAGCGCCGGUCAGUCUAGCCUCGCCUUAUAAUUUCUUGGAUCGGAUCAUCACCGAGCGUACGAAUGCUGCAAAAAGAAAGGAUGUAUUUGCAAUUGGGGUGUGUCUAUGAUAGUAGGUAAAUGUUGUAAACAGGUAAGAAACAAUAUACAGGAUGAGAAAAA